AUAUUGAUGAAUGUUCUCAAAACCCCCUACAAUGUGGCCCUAACUCAAUCUGCAAAAACCUUCUGGGGAGAUACAAAUGCAGCUGCACUCCUGGUUUCUCUUCUCCCACUGGAAAUAACUGGAUCCUGGGACAAGCAGGCAGUUUCACCUGCACAGAUGUGAACGAGUGUGCAGACACCACCGCGUGCCCGGCAUAUGCAACGUGCACCGACACCAAGGACAGUUACUAUUGCACUUGCAAACGAGGCUUCCUGCCCAGCAAUGGCCAAAGUAAAUUCAAGGGCCCAGGAUUGAAAUGCAUAGAUAUUGAUGAAUGUUCUCAAAACCCCCUACAAUGUGGCCCUAACUCAAUCUGCAAAAACCUUCUGGGGAGAUACAAAUGCAGCUGCACUCCUGGUUUCUCUUCUCCCACUGGAAAUAACUGGAUCCUGGGACAAGCAGGCAGUUUCACCUGCACAGAUAUCAAUGAGUGCAACACCAGUGGGACCUGCCCUGAGCAUUCCAAUUGUGUCAACUCCGUGGGAAGCUACAGUUGUGAGUGCCAAGAUGGAUUCACCUCUGUCAACUCCACCUGUCAAGAUGUGGAUGAAUGUUCCAGGAACUCAACUCUUUGUGGCCCCAAUUCUGUCUGCCUCAACAUCCCAGGAGCAUACCGUUGCUCCUGUCUUCCUGGAUUCUUUAUGCCUGAUAUUUCGACCCCUGAGCAUCCAGAUACUUUCAAAUGUACAGAUAUUGAUGAGUGCGCAGAUAUUGAAAUGUGUCCUAUCAACGCAGCAUGCACCAACACUCCUGGGAGCUACUUUUGCACCUGCCAUCCUGGCUUUGUGGCAAGUAAGGGACAGCUGAAUUUCACAGGCAAAAGCGAGAAAUGUAGAGAUAUUGAUGAAUGCCUCAAAGAUCCGUCACCAUGUGGUUCAAAUUCCAUCUGCACCAAUGCUCCGGGCUCCUACAGCUGUAGCUGCACUGUGGGCUUUCGUCCCAAUCCAGAAGGCUCUGUGAAACAUGGCAACUUCAGCUGCAAAAGUAAUAAUUUCCUUGUGUGUCUUGACAAUGGCAUCUGUGUCUUGCUUUGAUUGUAAAAUCCUCAUUCUACCCAAGCUCUGGAUCCUUCUCUUACUCUCAUCUUGUUCACAUAUUAUUUUUAUUUUUAUUCAUUCAUUUACUCACUCAUUAAUUC